CGGCCCCUGAGUGGCGGCUGGCUCUCUCAUAUCGCUCUCGCUUGACUACCAUUCCUGCACGCAUUGUUGAAGUGAAAGGAAAGUGGACAGCUUGAUCCUGCCUGUGGGAUGCAUCGACAGAGUCCUUUGUAAACGCUGGAUUCAACAUGCAGUAAAAAGAAUACCGGCAGUGGGAGAAAUAUUGGGUUUUGGUGUGAGGUACUACGAAGCAGAAAGGCUGGCCAGAAGACACAGAUCCAGCAGUGGUGGUUUUGGCCACAACAGAAAAAAGAGUGUCCACCCCUGCCCUACCAGGGAGGAGAAGAGGGCGGUCCACUUCUGCCACAUUAAAAGAAGCAGUGAGCGGCAUUUGUGGCGUGGGCGGGCAGGUGAGGGUUGAGCUCUGGUGACAGCUUUGGACUGUGUGCCAAAGUGUGGGAGGGAAGAGGAAAAGGAAGGGGAAGAAUAGGAGGGGAAACAAGCAGAGGAGGAGGGAAGAGGAGGAGAGGAAAAGCGGACCUGGGCCUGGAGCCCAAGCAUGAGCAGGAUGUCGGAGAAGACAGUUAGCCUCCCUGCUAAGCUGAUUAAUGGGGGCGUGGCGGGCCUGGUUGGUGUGACAUGUGUAUUUCCUAUUGACCUGGCCAAGACCCGCCUACAGAACCAGCAGGGCGUCCAAGUCUACAAAGGAAUGCUGGACUGUCUGGCAAAGACGGUACGCUCAGAGGGCUAUUUUGGAUGCUACAGAGGUGCAGCAGUGAACCUCACGCUUGUUACACCAGAAAAAGCGAUCAAGCUGGCUGCCAAUGAUGUCUUCAGACAGAAACUGUCUAAGGAUGGACAUUUGCCCCUGUGGGGGGAGGUACUGGCAGGGUGUGGGGCUGGGACCUGUCAGGUGGUAGUUACCACUCCCAUGGAGAUGCUUAAGAUCCAGCUGCAGGACGCAGGAAGGCUCGCUGCACAAAGACCUGUGCCAACUUCAGCUCAGGCUGCUGCUCCAGGUCCAGCUCCAUCGUUGGUGGCCCCCCCACCCCAAGCUAGGCCAACACCUCCACAACGUCCCUCUGCCACUGGCAUCACUGUGGAGCUACUGAAGACACGUGGCCUGGCUGGUCUCUACAGGGGGGCGGGGGCAACCUUAAUGAGGGAUGUACCCUUCUCAAUGAUUUACUUCCCCCUGUUUGCUAACCUGAACGCGCUGGGCCAGGAAAGAAGAGGUGGCCAGGGUGAUGUGCAAGCCCGGGCUCCAUUCUGGCAGUCCUUUGUGGCAGGCUGCACCGCAGGCUCAGUGGCAGCUGUGGCUGUAACACCACUGGAUGUCAUAAAGACUCGUCUGCAGACCUUGCAAAAAGGUGAGGGGGAGGACACAUACAGAGGAAUAAUUGACUGCACAAGGCGCAUCAUGAGGAGGGAGGGCCCAGCAGCAUUCCUGAAGGGUGCAACAUGUCGUGCUUUAGUCAUCGCUCCUCUUUUUGGCAUUGCGCAGGGUGUCUACUUCCUUGGGGUGGGGGAGAUGGUGCUGGGUUUGCUGGGAUAGCAGUGCUUGGCAUUGGUGGUGGCAGUUGUGUUAUCUCUGUACAGAUAAUGCUGCUUUUAUCUGCAGCGACUGCGUGACACAACUGAGGGAACGGGGAAUUCAGAGCGAGGGAAAAGGAGGCCAAGAUCUGCUAACCAAAGGAGGAGGAAUGGUUGGAGACGUAAAGAGGCUCUAUUUACUAAUAUGUGGACUGACUGGUUCGCACUUGUCAAGUUUCUCCAAGUUUUUACAUGCUGUCAGCAGGGUUCCCUACCAUAGGUUUAACAGGGUCCUGUGUAUGUGUGUGACUAAUCUGAGGGUAUGUGUCCCAAGUUGUUUGGUUUAUCCCGGCGUGCUUGCUGCAAUAUGUCUGGGGCUCUUCCUUUCACCUGGGAGAGAUUAUUCUGUCUGGCUGCUAAGAAAGAGCUGCUGCAUGUUGUUUGAGGCUGCUAGCUAAAAUGCCUAUCAAUCUGACCGUUUGUGUGGUCGUGGCGAAGAACUGUGCGUCAUGCAAAUGUAAGUGACAAAUUCCCCUUUUAUUCUCUAGCAGAAGCUACAAUUGUCUAAUGUUUGAACGCAGAGUCUCAACUAGGUUUUCAACUUGACCUCAAAUGCCGGUCAUGUAGACUUCAAUGUCCGACGUGUUUCUCUGGAAAAGGAACUCCAUCACCUUUGGCCCACCCUGUUACGCAUUCCUCCCACCCCAUCCGUGAGGUCUGAGUUGUAAUCUUGGAUUCCCUCACUGGAUUGGGAGAUGCUGCCUGCCAGUGUCUCUAAGGUCAUUUGUUAAUCUGAUGGUAAUGCUUUAAUCCCUGUAUUAGUGUACAAUAUACCCUAACACACAGAUCACUUCCUGCCUAAAGGCCACAGGUUAGACUACUGGGCCACUGUCUCGUAGCCUUGACUUCCUCUUCUUCACAGCUUGGAAGGGUUGAAAUAAAACCUGUGAGGACCCUACUGCUCUUUUUACUGCUUAGUUCUACAUAAGAAAAUAUGUUGCUUCAACUGAUGUGCGCACAAUAACUUAAAAAAAAAAUACAAUUAAAGCCUUAUCAUUGCUGAUAGUUUCUAAAGCAUCAAAACUGUAAGUCUUAAAUAAAUUCAGUGGAAUUGGUGGUGUUGAAUUAUUGUUUUGGUACUUGAGUCCAAUUUAGCGAGGACAGUUAUAUUUGUUAGACCCACGGUGGGACUAUGGCACCUUGUCUUGCCAACUGUUUGCCAUUACUUAAGUCCACUGGAUGGCACUAAAAGUUUUUUUUUGUUUUUUUUUGUUUUUUACAUUUUUAAUGCAAGACACUUUUUGAUGUGGUUAGUGUACCUAGGCUACUACAUUUUCCUCACUGUAGAGUGAACAUAGCCUGAGUAAACUGUUUGUUUACAAGCUGUAAAUAAAGAUAUCUCAUACGUGCUGA